CCAGCCUCUUGAAGACUCAGAUCAGGCAUGGUGGCUGCUUAACCCGGCAGGGGAAAUACCGUGCCCCUGUGUCCGUGGCGGCAGUUCCCCAAAGCGCACCCGGGAGAACUGCGCUUCUGGCUGGGUCAGGACCCGCCGAGGUGCAGCAGCUUUAAGCUCACUUUAGGGAAACAGGAGUCUCCUCCCUUGCUUGCUCCAAGGGCCUUAUGGCUGAGGGCAAGCAAAGCUCGGGCAGCCGAACCCCAAGCCUCUGGGCUUGGGCCUGCAAGUAGGAUGCCCGCAAGCUCACAGGGCAGACGGUGCCCCGGGCGGUGGUGGCAUCUGAGGCUCUCUGGCACGGGGCCAGGUGGGGCAAACAAGGCACCGAGCAGGCAGGGCUGCAUGGGGGACCCAGGUGCCCUGGCCCCGGCUUGGGUAGGUCCAGCCACAUGCUCCGUGAUGCAGGGCAUGCCCUGUGGGCGCAGCCCUGCUCUGGCCCAGGGGUCAUGCCAACGCCCCCAGUCUUGGGUGCUGGGGAUGCGCCUGGAGGAACAGCCUGGAGCCUGCCCUGCCCCAGGCUUGGUGCCUGGUGGCAGGGAGGGGCAGGAAACAUCUUGUGAUUCGCUUUCACUUUGCCUCUGAGUUGGAGUGUCAGGGAGCCCCGGAGCAGACACGGAAGCCCCUGCUGCAGCCUGUCGCCGGUGUCCUUGGAGCAGACCACGCCGUGAGGCCCGAUGAGCUCGCGCCAGGAUGAGCCCGUGCCGCAGGAGCCCCACAAGGAAGCCGGGAGCCCUGUGUGCUCUGCCCAGUGGGUGGGUGACGCUGGUGCCACCCAGCACCCACAGAGCCAGAGCCAUCGUGUCACCGAGGUGGUGCAGCGAGUCCUGCAGCCGCUGAGCCUGUCCCUGCAGCAGCUGAGCAGCGUGCAGCACCGCAUGCUGGCAGCCAUGGAGGCCGGGCUGAGCCUCCGGAAAGGUGCCCACGCCGUGCCUAUGCUGCCCACCUACGUGCGCUCCACGCCUGACAGCACUGAACGAGGCAGCUUCCUGGUGCUGGAGCUGCAUGAGCAGGACCUGCGGGUCCUGCAGGCAGAGCUGGGCGGGGGCGGGCGCCAGGGGGCACAACUGAAGGGUCAGGUCUUCGCUGUGCCACGGGACCUCACCGAGGGCAAAGGGGAGAAGCUCUUUGACUUCAUGGCGGAGAGGCUGUGCCAGUUCCUGGACAAUCUCCACAUCCCAGCCACGAGCCACCAGCUGGGCUUCUGCUUCCCCUUCACUUGCCACAAGGCUGGGCUGGAGAAGAGCGUGCUGCAGACCUGGUCCAAGGGCUACAGCUGCAGCGACGUGGAGGGGAGAGACGUGGGGCAGCUGCUGCAAGCGGCCAUCCAGAAGCAGGCGCGCCACGACAUCAACGUCGUGGUCGUGGUGAACGACACCGUGGCCACCAUGAUGGGCUGCAGCUUGGGGGAGAAACCCUGCGAGGUCAGCCUCAUCGUAGGCGCCGGCACCAACAGUUGCUUCAUGGAGGAGGCGCGGUGCGUGGAGAGCCUGGACGACAACGAGGGGCGGAUGUGCGUGAACACGGAGUGGGGCGCCUUUGGGGACACCGGGGCCCUGGCCGACAUCCUGACCACGUACGAUGAACAAGUGGACGCAGGCAGCAUGCACAAGGGGAAGCACAGGUUUGAGAAGAUGAUCAGCAGCCUGCACCUGGGCGAGAUCGCCCGGCUCCUGCUGGUGCAGCUGGCGCAAGAGAAGGCUCUGCACGCCGGCGGCACCACCCCGCAGCUCCUCACCCAGGGCAAGGUGACGGCUCUGGAAGUCCUGAGCAUCUCGGAGGACCAGGGCGGGCUGGCCGCAGCCCGGUGCCUGAUGCAGAAGCUGGGGCUGCAGCCGAGUGACCUGGACUGCUUCGCUGUGCGGCAGGUGUGCCUGGCCGUGGUCACCCGCGCCGCCAACCUCUGUGCCACCAGCCUGGCCGCCAUCCUCACCCACAUGCGCAAGAACCGGGAGCUGCCACAGCUGGACGUCUGCGUGGGCGUGGACGGGGACAUCUUCCAGGGGCGCAAGUUCUGCCGGACGCUGGAGGAGAUGACCAAGAAGCUGGCCCCCGAGUGCGCGGCCACCCUGGUGUCGGCAAAGGAGGACAGCUGUGCCUGGGGGGUGGCUAUGGUAACCGCAGUGGCCGUGCGCCUACAGUCCCAACGUCACGAGGUCGACCAGCUCCUGAAACCGCUGCACCUCGCGCCCGACGCCCGGCAGCGGGUCCAGGCCCUGCUGCAGCGUGAGAUGGAGCGGGGGCUGCGGCACGAGACGCACGCCCAGGCCUCCACCCGCAUGCUGCCCACCUACGUCCGCGCCACACCCGAUGGCUCCGAGCGCGGCGACUUCCUGGCGCUGGACCUGGGCGGCACCAAUUUCCGGGUGCUGCUGGUGCAGCUGCGCAGCAGGGAGGCCGGGGGCAUCUGCAUGGUCAGCGAGAUCUACUCCAUCCCGCCCGAGGUGGCCCAGGGCCCCGGCUCCCAGCUCUUCGACCACAUCGUGGAGUGCAUCAUGGACUUCCAGACCAAGCAGGGUCUGCGGGGCCGGACCCUGCCCCUCGGCUUCACCUUCUCCUUCCCCUGCCAGCAAAAGAGCCUGGACCAGGGCAUCCUGCUGAACUGGACAAAAGGCUUCACGGCCUCGGGCUGCGAGGGGAAGGACGUGGUGGAGCUGCUGCGAGAGGCCGUGCGGCGCAAAAACCAAUUUGAUCUGGAUGUGGUUGCCAUAGUGAACGACACCGUGGGAACCAUGAUGUCGUGUGGCUACGACGACCCCAACUGCGAGGUCGGCCUCAUCGUGGGCACAGGGACCAACGCCUGCUACAUGGAGGAGCUGCGCAACGUGGAGGUGGUGCCGGGGGCCGAGGGCCGGAUGUGCAUCAACAUGGAGUGGGGGGCGUUCGGCGACAACGGCUGCCUGGACGAGUUCUUCACGUGCUUUGAUGCCCAAGUGGACCGGGCGUCUCUCAACCCCGGGAAGCAGCGGUUUGAGAAGCUGAUCAGUGGCAUGUACUUGGGCGAGAUCGUGCGGAUGGUGCUGGUGGAGCUCGUGGAGAAGCGACUGCUGUUCCAGGGCCGCCCAUGCCCGGCGCUGCAGACCCCGGGCAUCUUCCCCACCAAGUUCCUGUCCACCAUUGAGAGUGACGGGCUGGCCCUGCGGCAGGUGAGCGCCGUGCUGCGCAACUUGGGGCUGGCGGCGAGCGUGGAGGACGCGCUGCUGGUGCGGAAGGUGUGCCAGGUCGUGUCCCUGCGUGCCGGCCAGCUCUGUGGAGCCGCCCUGGCCGCCGUGGCGGAGAAGAUCCGGGACAACCGUGGCCUGGCCCAGCUGGCCGUGACUGUGGGCGUGGACGGGACCCUCUACAAGCUGCACCCACACUUCUCGCAGCACGUGCAGCAGACGGUGAAGGAGCUGGCGCCGCGCUGCACCGUCACCUUCCUGCAGUCGGAAGACGGGUCCGGGAAGGGCGCCGCGCUCGUCGCUGCUGUCGCCUGCCGCGUGGCCCAGAGCCGCGCAGCACCAGCACCUGGCCAGUAGCCCCCGGGCAGCCUGUGUGCACGGCAGCAAGGACUGGGCAGUGGGACCGCGGGGGGGGGAGGCUCUGGGAGAGUCUCCUGCUGACAGUCUCCAGGACCCAGUCCCUGCCAGCACUGGGUGCUUCUGCGGGGUGGCAUACCUCCGUCUCCCUCCAAGGGACCCAGGCAAGGCUGGCACGCCAAGAUAGCAAUAUAUAUCCAAUUUAUUUACAGUCCUGUCCGGCAGCGCCCCGGCCCGCCCCUGCCCCUCCCUGCAGCGCUAUGUACAUAAGGCCAAGUGUAAAUACUUGAAUGCACUUGAAUACAGAAUUAAAAAACGGUCUUUACACGACA